UAACCUAGCGAUCCUAAAACAAAAUCGAAUGCACGCCUUUUUGGGGAAUUCCCAGUUACAAAAUGUAUACACGUAAAGCGCACAUUGUCUAGACGCGUGUUAAUGGUUGCUAAAAGUUGUUUAUUUUCUUUAAUCAGUAAUUCAAGACAACAAAUAAAAACACGUAAAGUGAACGCUUAGAAUUCAAUCUUUAAGUAACUCCAGCAACAACCUGCGACUAUGUCUAGGCUGAAGGCUGACAUCCCACCCCCAAGGAAGGCCAAGGCGUACGACCCGUCCCCCCUGCGUCACCCGCCCCUGACUCCGCAGUGGCGCUGGGCCCAAAAGUACGUCAGUGACAUGCGAUUUCUCCAGAGGACCCAUUUCCUCGGCUUGUCAAGAUUCAGAAUUUUAGCACGACAAAGGAAAGGCACUGCGGAACUUAUGAGACUGUUGUUGAGUUACGCCAGUAUCCCCUUCGAGGACCACAUUCUGCUAGACGUCGACUGGAAGUCUCUGAUGUGCAAGAUGCCCUAUGGCAACCUCCCCGUGCUCUGGAUAGACCACAACGUCUACGGGGAGCCCAACGCUAUCUCACGUCAUCUGGCCAACCAUCUCUCGCUGCUGGGGAACACGGAGACUGAGAUGCUGGUUGCUGAGGCGGUGUUCGAUCAGGUGACCAAUCUAAAGGAGUCUGACGUGAUGCAGAAAGCUUAUGAAGAAUAUCAGGAGAGACCGGAUGACAACUUUGAACAAGUUAUGACGGUGCUCCUGCCCAACCACUUCAAGUUCUGGGACGACCACAUCGCCGCCACCCCCGGGCCGUACAUCCUGGGCUCGGGCCUGUCCGUCGCUGACCUCGCCAUCUACGACUUCGUGGACCAGUACCGCGUCUUCCUGCCAAUCGACAACGUCAUCAUCUACCACAAGAACCUCCUUCAGCUGCUCAACAUCAUCAAAGCCCACCCGCGUCUGGUCCAGUACUUCAAACGUACCCGGGCCCAGUAAUCCGCUUCGUUGUACAAUAUGCUACUAUUGCUACUAGUUUCAUAAUAUGGUAGUAUUGCCACUCAGUUUCAUAAUAUGCUACUAUUGCGACUCAGUUUCAUAAUAUGCUACUAUUGCUACUAGUUUCAUAAUUUGGUAGUAUUGCCACUCAGUUUCAUAAUAUGCUACUAUUGCGACUCAGUUUCAUAAUAUGCUACUAUUGCUACUAGUUUCAUAAUAUGGUAGUAUUGCCACUCAGUUUCAUAAUAUGCUACUAUUGCGACUCAGUUUCAUAAUAUGCUACUAUUGCUACUAGUUUCAUAAUUUGGUAGUAUUGCCACUCAGUUUCAUAAUAUGCUACUAUUGCGACUCAGUUUCAUAAUAUGCUACUAUUGCUACUAGUUUCAUAAUAUGGUAGUAUUGCCACUCAGUUUCAUAAUAUGCUACUAUUGCGACUCAGUUUCAUAAUAUGCUACUAUUGCUACUAGUUUCAUAAUUUGGUAGUAUUGCCACUCAGUUUCAUAAUAUGCUACUAUUGCGACCAGUGGCGUAGCGAGGUCGGGUGUCACCCGGUGCGGCACUUAAUGGUGUCACCCCCCCAGAGGCAUAGAGACCCUUCCCAGGGAUAAACUU